CUCUAACAGAAGCUUCCCCAAACAGAAAGCAAUCAUCUGCAAUUAUACAGAAACGGUUGGAGUUGCUCUAAGGAAACUUAAGGGAGCUAUUUUAAAUUAUUAAUUUAAAAUAAUUGACAAAAAAACUAAUAAUCGGACAAGAGUGGCUCUAUUUUAAAUUGGAGAGAAGCGAUAGGAGUUGUAGAAUCAAGAGGCUUAAGUUUGUUUGGGUAAUUUAUUGAUCGGUGGGACUUGAUUAUUUACAGAAGAAAAGGGUUGGGGUUUUAGCAUUUGACGAUCGAGUAGUAUCAAUCAAGCAUGGCGUCGUCUUCAGCUCUCUCAAGACUGUCCAGUAUCAGCAGACACUUCAAUCCCUCCCACGCAAACAAGGACGGUGUGGCCUUAAUCAAGAUUUCUCCAGAGGUUUCCGAAGCUUUGUCAAAUGGGCGUGCCGUCGUUGCCCUUGAAUCCACCAUUAUUUCCCAUGGGAUGCCGUAUCCCAAGAAUUUGGAGACUGCAAAGGAGGUUGAGGCAAUUGUCAGGGAAAAUGGGGCUGUUCCUGCCACCAUUGCUAUCUUGGAUGGCACACCUUGCAUAGGUCUAACUAUAGAAGAACUGGAGAGGCUUGCCAGAUUGGGUCCAAGAGCUCAGAAGACAGCUCGAAGAGACAUUGCACAUGUUGUGGCAACCAGAGGGAACGGUGCAACUACUGUUUCUGCAACCAUGAUUUUUGCUCAUAUGGUUGGCAUCCCAUUGUUUGUAACAGGAGGAAUUGGAGGAGUACAUCAACAUGGCGAGCAUACAAUGGACAUAUCUUCUGAUCUUACUGAGCUUGGAAGGACACCUGUAGCUGUCAUCUCUGCUGGUGUAAAAUCAAUUUUGGAUAUCCCAAGGACCCUCGAAUAUUUGGAAACACAGGGAGUUUGUGUAGCUGCUUACAAGACCAAUGAAUUUCCAGCAUUUUUCACAGAAGCAAGUGGCUGCAAGGUGCCUUGCCGUGUAGAUACCCCAGAUGAUUGUGCUCGGCUUAUAGAUGCAAACCUUAAACUUGAGCUUGGAACUGGAAUGUUGAUUGCUGUUCCAAUUCCUAAAGAACACUCGGCUUCUGGAAAUUUAAUUGAGUCUGCAAUACAGACAGCUCUUAGAGAAGCUAGGGAUAAGAACAUAACAGGCAAUGCUGCUACUCCAUUCUUGCUUGCAAGAGUAAAUGAACUAACUGGAGGAGCAUCUUUGGCUUCGAACAUUGCCCUGGUGAAGAAUAAUGCACUUGUUGGUUCUAAAAUUGCUGUAGCACUUUCCCAGAUCAGAGAAUGUUGUAGAAAAGGUGGUUUGGAGUAAGCACUAGCUCUAAAGUAUUUUUAUCCAGAUCUGGCAAACACUUGAGCUUGAUGUUUUUCCUUUUCUGACUUU